AUGGCUGAAUCGCUUAACAUCUGGCUAACAAAGUUUGUUGGUGAAGUUGUUAAUCGUUCUGUCGAGAGGUAUCCACGAGAACACUUUACCUCAUUGUGGUAUCAAUCGACAUCUACAGAAUAUGAAUGGCGAAGACAGCUUCUACAUUUAAGCAAAGAGAGACAAAA